AUGGAAGAGAAAUCUCUAAUCCAAGAUGAUAGGGAAGUCGCAAGGGAACUAUUUACAAUGAUUAAGAGAGAUACUGCUGCCAUAGAAACAGGCCUAGAUGAGAAUGUCAGCGGGGUAGGAACGGACAGAGGAAAGUUAUUGGUUGCAGAGCAUUUUUCCGAUAUGGGACUAUCAGAGGAACUCUUAAAAGCCAUAUACAACAAGGGGUUUGAAAAGCCUAGCUUAAUCCAAAAAUCAGCAAUUCCCCAUAUUCUUAGGAGGCACAAUAUUGUUGUUCAGAGCAAGAGUGGCACCGGAAAAACAAUAGCCUACACCUGUGGAGUCCUUGGAAAUACAAGAGUUGGGGAGGGAACCCAAGCGUUGGUGGUUACACCUACAAGGGAAUUAAAUACUCAGGUUACUGAGGUUAUUUCUGGAUUGGCACAGCCUCUUGGAAUGAAGGUCUUUUCGGCGUUGAAAAACAAGGCCACGGAGUCUGUCAAAGAAGAAGUUGUUGUUGGAAGUCCCGGAACUAUUCUGAAGCUUAUCGACCUUGGAAAGCUAAACCACAAGGAGAUUAGAACCAUAGUUCUCGACGAGGCAGAUAUUCUUCUUGAUAAGGAUAUGAUGGGAACACAGACAUUCAGAAUACUCAAGCUUGUUUCUGGGGCACAGAUCGUUUUCUUUUCUGCAACAUACUCUGAACAAGUUAAGCAGACAAUUGAGUUCUACGCACCCGAUGCAAUCAAAAUGUAUGAAGAGCGCAAUGGAAAACCCGACGAAAUUAAGUUAUUCUACAUAGAAUCGGAGGGAGACAGCAAAAGAAAGGCAUUGAAGUCGCUUUACGAAUACCUUUCAAUUAGCCAGAUGAUCAUAUUUGUAAGUACAAAGGCAACAGUUAAUUACUUGAAGAAAAAAUUAGAAGAUGACUUGCAUUCUGUGUCUUGUUUGCAUGGAGACUUGGAGAUCGAAGAAAGGGAAAAAGCUGUUGAAGAAUUUAGAUCCUCAAAAUCCAAGAUACUUCUUACAACAGAUGUUUUUUCAAGAGGAAUGGAUAUUCCACAGGUCAAUCUGAUUGUUAAUUAUGAUCUUCCAAUAUACAAAGGGGUUGCGUCAACACAAACCUACAUCCAUAGGAUAGGGAGGUCUGGAAGAUUUGGAAGAACGGGGUUUGUGGUGGAUUUUGUCCGAGAUGAAGAGCUAGAAGCAUAUCUGAAAUUCCAAAAAGAACUAAAAUUUGCAUCAAAGAAAUUUACAAUCAGGGCGCUCGAAGAAGUUGCAGAAGAACUUGGGUAG